UGACGGUUGCUCGAUCGGCUUUGCGGACGGUUCUAAAGCUAUCACUUGGUCUUUUGGACAGAUUAUGUUUAUUCUUCUAUAAAACCGCCUUUAACAUUUCCGUUUCCAUUUCACCGUGCCAAGAUUGUGCUCUGCUGCAAUGGGCAAACAAAACUCCUCCCGGUUGGGCUAUUUGCUGGGCGUUUUGGUUUGAGAAGCUGUCAAAAAAAAUGUCAAGCGAACGUCAUCCGCGUUUUUAGUACAAUUUGUCCAUGAUGCCAAACUUCAAAUGGUUCGUGGAUGUAAACAAAGGCACAAAACCUCGUGUUCCAUUCGGCGCUGCACCGGCUCAACAAAUUUCCCGUUUUUGAAAGUGAAACUGGCCAUACUUUCCGGAGUACGCAAUGAGUGUGAAAGCACUGGAUGAGGUUCCAGGCUUUACGCUUCACAAGGCCGAAGUAGAUUACGACGAUGAAGAGGACGGAGGCAAGAAGGGCAAGAAGAAAUCCGGAGGAUUCCAGGCGAUGGGUCUCGGUGCACCGAUACUGAAGGGAAUCCUUAAGAUGGGCUACAAAAUACCGACACCGAUUCAACGGAAAACUAUUCCCCUUAUCCUGGACGGGCGGGAUGUUGUGGCGAUGGCAAAGACCGGAUCUGGUAAGACGGGUUGCUUUUUGAUCCCGAUGUUUGAGAAGCUGAAGCAACGUGAAGCGAAGGCAGGUGGAGGCGCUCGAGCACUGAUUCUUUCGCCGACCCGUGAACUGGCCAUACAGACGUUUAAGUUCAUCAAACAGUUGGGCCGAUUCAUGGAUCUGAAAACGAUUCUGGUACUCGGUGGAGAUUCGAUGGAUUCACAAUUCGCCGCAGUGCACACGCUACCGGAUGUGAUCGUGGCCACACCGGGUCGUUUCUUGCAUCUCUGCGUGGAGAUGGAUCUGAAACUAAGCUCAGUACAGUACUGCGUAUUUGAUGAAGCCGAUCGAUUGUUUGAGAUGGGUUUUGGUGAGCAGCUGACCGAAACGAUCAAGCGGCUGCCCGAAUCCCGCCAAAUGGUUCUGUUUAGUGCGACCUUGCCGAAACUGAUGGUUGACUUUGCAUCGGCCGGUUUGUGCCAACCGGUACUGAUACGAUUGGACGUAGAAUCAAAGAUACCUGAUACGCUCGAUUUGAAGUACAUUUACUGUCGGCCAGCGGAACGUUACGCGACGCUCUUGGUGCUUUUGCGCGAUGUGAUCCCUAGCACAGCACAGACGGUCAUUUUCGCCGGUACACAGCAUCACGUGGAAUUGAUUUCAUUGAUGUUGACCAAAGCUGGAAUCCCCAACAGCCAUGUUUACUCUGGACUUGAUGCGUCUGCGCGUAAGAUUAAUACGGCCAAGUUUACGCAUCACAAAGUGAACGUACUCGUCGUGACAGACAUCGCCGCACGCGGUCUCGAUAUUCCAACGCUGGAUUACGCUAUAAAUCUACACUUCCCAGGCAAACCGAAACUGUUCAUCCACCGUGUGGGACGAUGCGCCCGUGCUGGACGAAGUGGAACAGCUUACUCGAUCUUUUCAAACGAUGAUAUCGCGCAUGUGAUCGAUCUACACAUGUUUCUAAAUCGAACGCUCGAUCUGGCCGAUAGAAACACAAUUGGAAUCGUUCCACCGGAUACACAGGAAACAGAACAUCUGCUAGUGCAGGAGUACGUUCGCCACAUUGACCUGGCGACGGCAUAUCGAGUGAGCAAUAAUGCGUACAAACAGUACAUCGUAACCCGACCAGCGGCAUCGGCGGCAUCGAACAAGCGAGCAAAACAAUUUAAAAUCGGUGAACUGGGUGUGCUUGAAGACUUUCAACGCGAAAACGCCGAACCGGACGGUUCAACAAAGGGAAGAAAAUGGAAGAAAGGAAAGUCGAUCGUGCUGAAGAAAGACAAGAAACAUGCUAAAGAAGACACCCAAAAGCUAGAGGUGAAAUCGGGUUCCGCCGACUCGGGAGUCGAUCCGGACGCAUUUAGGAACGAUUUUCUUGCACGCAUGAAAAACUAUCGUCCACAAGCGACAAUUUUUGAGCUGAACCCGAAAGCAAACGCCCGAGAGUUGAUGGCGAUGACCCAGAAGCGUAAAUCGGAUGAGGCAAAGAUCGAGAAGAAUAAGCGUAAGUUGGCCGAACUGGAAGCGGAAGAGCAAGAGAAACAGAAUAUUAAAUCGGUAUCAGAAAAAGACGAGGUUUCCAAACGUCGCAAAGGACCAACCCGCGAUGAGGAGCAUUUCAUCGCCUACCAAGCGAAGGAUGCUGUCGAGGAGGAUGGUUAUGCGAUCGACAAUUUCACUCGCCAAGCUAACUCGGCCGAACUGAGUGUCGUGGGCGACACGGCCGAGGGACAGCGGAUGCACCGUCAGCUGCAAAAGUGGGACCGUAAAAAGAAGAAGAUGGUAAAUGUAGAAAACCCCAAGGCUGGAAAGAUUCGCACCGAGCAUGGUGUUUGGAUUGCGGCUUCGUACAAGACGGGCCGCUACGACAAGUGGAAGGAGCGAACGAAAUUGGAUGAAAAGUUACUGGCCGAACAGGCACAACAAUCGGACGAUGAUGCAGGUGAUGGGGCCGGUGCGGCUUCGGCAGUACCGAUCGUACAGCGCCACUACCCGACUACGCACUGGGGGCGACACAAUGCGAAGGCCGAUCUGCGUAAGUUGCGCGAUCUGGAUCUGAAAACGCCCGAGCAGAUUGUGAAGAAACGGAUGGAGAAGGAAACGAAGAUGGCUAAGGAGAAGGCCGCACGAUUGAAAAACAUUCAACGUAAAAAGCGCGCGUUGGCAAAACGGAAAAGUGCCAAGGGUAAGUAAUUGUCGGGUCCUUUGAAUGCUGAACGCUUGUAAGAAUAUAUGAAGCAAUGGGUAUGUUACUAAAACAUGUUAGUAAACAUCCAUAUGAUAGAGCAAGACUAUCUACUGAUUUACUGCAGAAUCAAGAAGGUGAGAAAAAUUCUAUAAACUUAGCUAAAACGUACAACAGUUUCAAUUUCAAUGCAGUCGAGUUUGUCCAUUUUGAAAGAUUUUCGAAAUAUUGAAAAGGCCACAUUAAAAUAAAGCCUUGAUAAGGGUAUUAACCUUUCGUCAGCAUUGUGAGUGUCUAUUGCAUCAUAGGUUAGAAAGUUAAUAGCUUUUCUUAUGCUAAAUUAUGUUAUCGAAUUCAUUUCCAUAUAAUUCGACACACACAAACAAUUCGUAGCAAAGCAAAUGUUUCAAACAUUUCCUGCGUUCGUCAUAUUCCGAACAAAAGGUAGCGGAGACCAUACCUGGCCCAAUAUCCCAAUCUUUCGUCUGCGUAAAACAUUAGCCACGGGAAUUGUAAACAAAAUAAAAAAGGACCAAAUGAAAAGGGCACGGCUGGAUCAGCUAAAUGAGACGAGGGUUCGACGAACAGUGUGAUAUCCGCAACAGACCGGAAGGAAACGUUUACGGCCACACGACAACCGUUAUCGCGGGUUAUCGUUUUGGGUUUUUUUAUUACUUUCCUCUUUUUCAAUACGGGGACUCAUCCGUCUUCGAUAUCCUAAAUUUGGUAUCGUUGUUUGUGGGGAAUGAAAUGAAUGUUUCGAGUUUUAACGGAAGACAACAGCGGAAGUUUAUUUCGAUGUCUUCAUUAUCUGGUAGAAGCACAAAAGAAGGAGUCAUGGGGACAUGGAGGAAUAGUCAUUUUCGGUUAAUUGUCCAAUUCGUUUCCUUCUCAAUCUGCAUUUUUUGAUAAGCAGAACGAAAAAUGAACAUAAGUUCUUGUUGUCUCCAGGACCCGAAUUGGUGUGUUAAUUGCCUUCACUGUUCGCUCUUUUUCUAACAAAAGUAUACCUAGUUUGACUUGGCCUAGAUUUGAACUACCGUAUCGUUUCCCAUCAACCAGUCCCGAUGUUCCACAAAGGAAAUAGAAGUAUAAGGAUCAAGGCCAAACGUUCAUCGACCACUCCUUGUAAUCCUUGCACUGGAACUUUAUUGCGUGUUAGCCUUGAAUCAGACCAAACCGCAUUAUAAUCACCAUUUCGGCGUCCAAGACCUUUGUCAGACGUCUGGAUCAAAUCCAGUUCUUUUUAGGUGUUACCAUUAUGUGUCGUCGAUUCAUACACGGGUCGAAGGACUUUUUGUGCGACCCUCUGUUCAAUCUUCCCAUUUUUCGUACCAUUUGUAUAGUUUUAAAAGGCGGCCACUCACUGUGAACUGAUGUGAGACAAAACCGCCACGCGCCAUGCAGGAUGAUUGUACCCUGCGGGAAAAAAUAGGGUGCCAAUAAGAAAUAACAUCCAUUAGCGAACAGGGCAGAUUCAAAACGUUUGAAGGGGAUCAGUUUUCAGCGGAAUUCUAUUACGGUAGCAUGCGACUAACAGCAUACGGGUGUUUCAAAAUAAUAACGCGAAGGGGAAUGCACCUAGUUCUGUGAUGGAAGGUUGGUGGAAUCAUGGGUAUGAAGUGACUAAUUCAAUCAUUACCAAUCGAAAGCGUUGC